GCUUCCCUGAAACUUGUCCCGUGCGCCACGCCGUCGUCUCCAGGGCAACCCGGCGCCUCCCAGCAACCGCGCGGCCCGGCUAUGGCGGCCGCGGGCCCCAGCGUCUUCCUGCUCAUGGUCAACGGGCAGGUGGAGAGCGCCCAGUUUCCUGAGUAUGACGACCUCUACUGCAAGUACUGUUUUGUGUACGGCCAGGACUGGGCCCCCACAGCGGGACUGGAGGAGGGCAUCUCACAGAUCACCUCUAAGAGCCAAGAUGCGAGGCGGGCGCUGGUGUGGAACUUCCCCAUCGAUGUCACCUUUAAGAGCACCAACCCCUAUGGCUGGCCGCAGAUCGUGCUCAGCGUGUACGGGCCGGACGUGUUUGGAAAUGAUGUGGUCCGAGGAUACGGGGCAGUGCAUGUGCCCCUCUCACCUGGCCGGCACAAAAAGACCAUCCCCAUGUUUGUCCCAGAAUCUACAUCUAAACUGCAGAAGUUUACCAGGACGACAGCGGAGAGCCCAGAUCUUGUUCCUCUGCCCACCCCCAAGGAUGGCUGCCGGACUCUGGGCUGGUUCAUGGGACGGCGGCCAGAGUACACAGACCCCAAAGUGGUGGCUCAGGGGGAAGGCCGGGAAGUGACCCGUGUCCGUUCCCAGGGCUUCGUCACUCUCCUCUUCAACGUGGUGACCAAAGACAUGAGGAAGCUGGGCUAUGACACCGGGCCUCCGGACACGCAGGGCAUCUCAGGGCCCAGCCCGCCCCAGGGCCUCCCCCGGUGAAGGCAACAGCCCUCUGCCCAGCGAUCGUACAAUAAAGUGUAACCACUUCA